CGACUUCCGUGUGUGGCUCCAGUUAAAGCGGCCACCCCACACGGCCGCCCCAUGCCCUCGUCGGCCGCGGUGCUUCAUGUCCGCCACUCUCCGUUCUCCGCCUCGCGCGACAGACUGCAGCAACGCCGAGCUCGCAGCGAACUGAGGGCUUCCGCUCCGGGGACUACCCUCGCCGCGGAGGGGCCGUCCUGCCUCUUCGUGGGCCCCAUCGAGACCGCAAGCAAGGAGAUGCUCGAAGCCCUCUAUCAGCAGGCUCGGGAUUCCUACUACAGUGGUAGCCCCUUGAUCGUUGAUGACAUGUUUGAUAAAGUCGAGUUGAAGCUGCGGGUGUAUGGAUCAAAAUCUGUUGUAAAGUAUCCUCGGUGCAGCCUCAGACGACAAUCUACAUAUGCAGAUGCUGAGGAAGACCCUUCACAGGUUUUUGCCUUAGCAAGUGUAUGGAUCCUUCUACUAGUGUUUGGGGCUUCUGCCUUCCUUGUGCCUACCAUCUAUACCAUCAAUCUCGCUCUAAAAGAUGCUUCCAACUCCAGAGAUUUCCUAUACAAUGGAAGAUCACCAUUUGAAUCGCUAACAAUGUUAAACGCCAUUCUCUUCAUUGGACUGGGUUAUUUGAUUGGUUAUCCUGUUGCAUCUGCUUCUGUCCAAGCUCUGCAAGGCUUAUGGAGAAAUGACUUAGUUGCACUAAAAGGCUCUUGUCCAAACUGCGGCGAGGAGGUCUUUGCGUUUGUAAGGGCUGAAAAAUCCAAACAACAACCACACCGUGCAGAAUGUCAUGUAUGUGAGUCAGCCUUGGUGUUUCGCACUAAGGUGGAGCAAUCCAUCUCAGGAUCUGGCAGGCAUUGGGUUUAUGGUCGUGUUUACCUGGUUCCACAGACCUUUGCUAAUGAUCGAAGAUUCCUGUUUUGAUUUCUUAAGAAGCUGCAGUUCGUCAAGACUGAAGAGGGCGUACAAGGUCUUGUGGCAAAGAUGUUUGUUAGGCUUCCAAUGCUGACUUUAGCUCUCAUUUUAUGAAAGGAAUGUUUUAGACUCUUCUGAAGAACUUUAAUUACUACCUAAAGUAGUUGCUGUUCUUGUGUUUUUGGUUUGUUUUUUGUUUUUGUUCUUUUUCUUUUUUUUCAUAUGCGGUGCAAGGAAUUCAGACACUCAUUGAGGUUGCUUUCAUUGGAUAACACUGGAUGAUGCUGGUAAGGCAUGCAAUUGAUGAUUAUGUUGGACUGUUCCUUGGGUUCAA